AUGUGUUUGGUGGCAUGCUUCUGGCUCUUCCGUAUCUAUCAGUCCACUUCAAACUUCCGUGUUUUGAAGGCUAUCUCCUUGGGUCAAGCUGUGUGUAUCACAAUGAGGUCCAUACCGGAAGAUUUAACCAAUCUAAUUUCAGAACUUGAAACUUUUUUGACGGAUGUUCUCAAAGGAGAACCUUUAAGCAAGAAAGCUAAAGAGAAAAAGGAUGUCUUUAUCAAAAAGAUUAAGGAGGUGAAAGCGAGCUACUCACAGGAUUUCAAGGACAAACGUGAUGAAGAGUUUGCAGAGCUCGAUGAGACGGAUGCCAACAAUGACGGUGGAUCGCUGCACUCCGAACAAACUGAUAGAGAUGAUGAUAAUGCUUACGAUGGAGUCCAGCAGUAUCCUCCAGUGGCAGCUCAGGACCUUCCAUCCGUUUUAAAGAGCGGAUACCUGGAGAAGCGCAGAAAAGAUCACAGUUUCUUUGGCAACGAGUGGCAGAAGAGAUGGUGUGCCUUGAGCAACAAUAUUUUCUACUACUACGGUAGUGAGAAAGAUAAACAGCAGAAGGGAGAGUUUAAUAUUUGUGGCUACACUGUCAAGAUGAACAGCACCCUGCGGAAAGAUGCUAAGCGAGAUUGCUGCUUUGAGGUCUCGGCUCCAGACAAGCGAGUAUAUCAGUUCUGUGCUGCUACUGAGAAAGAUGCGAAGGAAUGGGUGGAGCACAUUGACUUUCUGAUUAAAGACAUGGGUGGAAUUAUACCUGAGGAUGAAGAGGAGUAUGAUGACUGCAUGCCUGCCAGCAAGCCAACUGCCAGCAUGCCAAUUGCCAGCAUACCCGCACCUAUCGAUGAUGACAUCUAUGAAGAGCUCCCUGAGGAAGAUGCUCCACAGCCUGUUAAACCACCAGUGACCCUGCCUAACAAACCCGCACCACCAUCUGCCCCUCUGACAGUGGUGGACAAACGCACAGACUAUGCAAACUACUUCCAGGGCUUGUGGGACUGCUCCGGGGAUCAACCAGAUGAGCUGUCCUUCAAGAGAGGAGACACCAUUUACAUCCUCAGCAGGGAGUACGACAUCUUUGGCUGGUGGGUGGGGGAGAUGAAAGGGACUAUCGGCAUCGUGCCUAAAGAAUAUCUUUUGGAAUUGUACGCUUUGUGAAGGUUUCUGGGUAAGGAGCCCUUCACUGCCUGCUGUUGUAGCUGUCUGUAUAAUUGUGUGUUUCAUAAAGCAGACUCCCUGUUCAAAAGCACAAAUAACUUUAAACAUAUGCAGUGACAGAUGUUGAGCACAUGUGAUGCUUCAUUGUCUCCGCUUAUUUAAUUCACAUCUUUAGUAUUUAAGCUGAUUGAUUGAAUGUAAUGUUUUUGCCAUUCUAAUGCAUCAUAAUAAAUAUAUUAAGGCUGUGAAAACUACAUGAAAUAAAGAUUGUGUUAUUGCAAUACCAAAAUGCUCAC